CAAAACUGAGAGGCCGGUGUGUAGAAAAAAAUACUAAGUAACCCAGAUUGUAAGAAAUGUAGUCGUUCUCGCUGUGAUGCUGAACGCUAGAGAUAUAGAGCAUAAUACCCACUUGGCACGAUGCUGGCUGUCUUUGAACCAGAGGAAGACACGUGUAGCAUCUUAUUGUAGUAGCACUGAAGACACAGGUAGAUUUGCGCAUGGCACUGCAGAAAUAAGCGCCGUCAGAUUCCUGUAUGCGAGAGUUGCAUAUAUCGUAUUUGCAAGCUUAUAUAGUCUUGAUUUUGAAGAAUGAGCAUUCAGAGUGGCAGCCAUGAACCGGGAAGUGGGGAAGAAUUAACUGUGUCUGAAAGUGAACAUAAAAACAUGGAUAACGUUGAAGCGGAGGAAAAGCAAAAUGCAAAGAGGAGAGGCAAAACAGAACACGAAAGAACGGGCCAUUUAGAAAGAGUAGAAGUGGUGAUAGAAAACCCCAGAGCAACCCAAAGAAGUAAACACACAAAAACAGAAAAAUGCAGCUUCGGCAAUUUCAUUGAAACUGGAUGUCCAGAAAAAAACUCGGCUCCUAACAGCUCGAGCAUCCUGCCGGGUUCUCUGUUCGAGCCACCCGAAGGGGGCUUUGGUUGGUUCAUUGUCUUCGCUGCCACUUGGUGCAACGGCUCUAUCUUUGGCAUUCAGAAUUCUUUCGGAAUUUUGCACGUGAUGCUUAAGGACCUUGGGGACUUGAACGAUAAAACUCACCAGUUUAAAGCCGCAUGGGUAGGUGCGCUAGCCAUGGGUAUGAUCUUCUUCUGCUCCCCAAUUGUCAGCAUGUUUACAGACCACUUCGGCUGCAGAAAAACCUCAGUGGCAGGGGCAUUUGUAGCUUUCACUGGGUUACUUUCAAGUUCUUUUGCCAAUUCCUUGGGAAUGCUGUAUUUCACCUAUGGCAUCUUAUUUGGUUGUGGAUCUUCUUUUGCUUUCCAGCCAUCAUUGGUCAUCCUAGGCCACUACUUCCGUCAAAACCUGGGAUUAGCAAAUGGCAUUGUGACAGCAGGCAGCAGUGUGUUCUCUGUUGCACUGCCUUUUCUCUUGAAAAAAACAGGAAAUGCUCUUGGACUCAGUGUUACCUUCCAGAUCCUUAGCAUAUUUAUGAUAAUCCAAGCACUUCUGUCCCUUACAUUCCAUCCAUUGUUACCUAAAGCACAAAACUUUUCUAAUGAUGAAUCAAACAUGGGCAGAAGAUGCCUUGAGAAGUUAAAGAACCAUUUUAAUAUCAGUGUGUUCCACAUAUACACCUACAGAGUCUGGGCAUUUGGGGUGGCAUUUGCAGUCCUAGGAUACUUUGUGCCUUAUGUUCAUUUGGUAAAAUAUGUUGAAGAAGAAUUCAAAGAAACAGAAAAGGAGUGGAUUUUAUUGGUGUGUAUUGGAGUGGCAUCUGGAAUUGGUCGCCUAGUCUUUGGUAAAAUAGGAGACCUAAUACCAGGACUGAAAAAGAUUUAUUUGCAGGUAUUUUCUUUUUUGGUCCUUGGUCUCAUGUCCAUGAUGAUCCCUUUAUGUCGCAUAUUUGAAGGAAUCAUUUUGCUUUGCAUCUUUAUGGGUCUCUUUGAUGGCUGCUUUAUUACUCUUAUGGCACCUAUUGCAUUUGAGCUGGUUGGUCCUUCCCAGGCCUCUAAAGCUAUUGGCUACCUUUUGGGUCUAAUGGCAGUACCCAUGACAGCAGGGCCACCUAUUGCAGGGAUACUGCAUGAUUAUUUAGGCAACUACCAUGUAGCAUUUUACCUUGCUGGAGUUCCACCUAUCAUUGGAGGUACUGUACUUUGCUUUGUCCCAUUCAUCUAUCAGCAAAACCUGAGAAGCCAUCAGAAAAGAGAUGUCAGCAAAAGUAAGAUGCUGCCUUCAGACAGUGUUAAGAAUGGGGACAUCUUACCUGGACUCACUGAGACAGAGACACACCUUUAAAUUUUUUUAUAUGAUAAAAGGGAUUCUGUUCACCAGCAUUAAAUGUAUUUCAGUAUGUUGUCCAUAAUUCUGAAUGAGAGCACUCAACAGUCAGCUCAAUGUGUACAGACAAUAAAUGGCAUCAGAAGAAGAAGCAUCUGAUUCAUGACAACCUGUACAGCACACAGCUGUAUUGUAAAAAAAAAAAAAACGUUUUGCUGUCCUUGGAUUGUCCAAUGUACUGUAGAACAUCUAAGCAGAAUAAAAAGGUUAUUUUGUAAAUUAACCAACUCUAAGUAAUUGCUGUAUUUAGUGUAUGAAUCUAAUGCUUCUGAGAAGGGAAUAUUAAUUAUGUUCAAAGUUGGUUAUGUUUAUUAAUGUGAUAUUUUAACUCUGAAUUAAUGAUAAUUUUUAUGUACACUUUCUCCUGUCCAUAAAUUAAAAAAUGUUAUAAAGGUAUUUAAAUGUAUACCAUGAAGAUAUCCAGCAUAUAAAGCACAUGCCAAAUUGUAAGCGUAAUAUCAAUCCUGUAUUAUUAUCCCAGAUUCUGAUAUUUUACCAGGUUGGGACAAAAUGUGUAGUACUUAAUGUAGUAUAUUAGCUUGUACUGUAUGUGUGUACUGCUGUACAUUUAUAGUAUGUUGCCUUUAUUUACUCACUGCUUUCCAACUGAUGAUUACAAUUAUUGUACUACACCAUUCUUAUUAAUAAUAUUCAUGAUGAAUUUUU